UAACGAUAACAAAAUAAGAAAUAAUUAAUUCUGUUCUUGGUUUACUUAAUCUUCUUUCUAGUUAAGUAUAUUCUUGUUGCUCAUCACCAAAGCUUGUGAUGGAGGCUCUCUUCUUGAGUUCUUCUUCUUCCUCCAUUAUUGCAUCAAACAAACUUGCUAGAUUACACAACCGUUGUGACUGGUCAACAUUGGUUAGAGAUAAGAAAAGGGUCGGUCCCACUUGGUGCCGUGUAGGUGGUGGUGAUGGUGGGAGAAACAGUAACGCAGAGAGACCUAUUCGGGUUUCUUCGCUUUUGAAAGACAGAGGUCAGGUACUGAUUAGGGAACAGAGUUCGCCGGCUAUGGAUGCUGAGACAUUGGUUCUGUCUCCAAAUGGGAAUGGGAGAACCAUUGAGAUCAAUGGAGUAAAGACUUUGAUGCCAUUUAGUGGUGCUGCUAUGGUUGGUAUGAAAGAAGGACUUGGCAUAAUCAGUUUCCUCCAAGGGAAGAAGUUUCUAAUCACUGGCUCAACCGGUUUCUUAGCUAAAGUACUGAUUGAGAAAGUCUUGAGAAUGGCUCCGGAUGUUAGCAAGAUAUAUCUCUUGAUUAAAGCUAAAAACAAAGAAGCUGCGAUUGAGCGGUUAAAGAACGAGGUGUUAGAUGCAGAGCUUUUUAAUACUCUAAAAGAGACUCAUGGAGCAUCGUACAUGUCAUUCAUGUUAACUAAACUCAUCCCUGUGACCGGAAACAUUUGCGAUUCAGACAUUGGGUUGCAAGCAGAUUCAGCUGAGGAGAUUGCUAAAGAAGUUGAUGUGAUUAUCAAUUCUGCUGCUAAUACAACCUUCAAUGAAAGAUACGAUGUUGCUCUGGACAUAAACACAAGAGGGCCUGGUAAUCUCAUGGGAUUCGCCAAGAAGUGCAAGAAACUCAAGCUGUUCUUGCAAGUAUCCACAGCUUAUGUGAAUGGACAAAGACAAGGAAGGAUCAUGGAGAAGCCAUUCUCGAUGGGAGAUUGUAUAGCCACCGAGAACUUCCUCGAAGGAAACAGAAAAGCAUUAGAUGUUGAUAGAGAGAUGAAGCUAGCUCUUGAAGCUGCUAGAAAAGGGACUCAAAAUCAAGAUGAGGCGCAAAAGAUGAAGGAUCUCGGUCUAGAGAGGGCAAGAUCAUAUGGAUGGCAAGACACUUAUGUUUUCACGAAAGCAAUGGGUGAGAUGAUGAUCAAUAGCACUAGAGGAGACGUACCUGUUGUUAUUAUAAGGCCUAGCGUCAUCGAAAGCACGUACAAAGACCCUUUCCCUGGAUGGAUGGAAGGAAACAGGAUGAUGGAUCCUAUAGUUCUAUGUUACGGGAAGGGACAGCUCACAGGGUUUUUGGUUGAUCCGAAAGGAGUUCUUGAUGUAGUUCCUGCUGAUAUGGUUGUUAAUGCAACAUUAGCUGCUAUAGCAAAGCAUGGAAUGGCAAUGACGGAUCCGGAACCUGAAAUAAACGUGUAUCAGAUUGCUUCUUCGGCGAUAAAUCCUCUGGUUUUCGAAGACUUAGCGGAGCUUCUUUAUAACCACUACAAAACAUCCCCGUGCAUGGACUCAAAAGGUGAUCCAAUUAUGGUGCGUUUGAUGAAACUUUUCAAUUCCGUUGACGAUUUCUCCGAUCAUUUGUGGAGAGAUGCUCAAGAACGGAGCGGGUUGAUGAGUGGUAUGAGCUCAGUGGAUAGUAAGAUGAUGCAGAAGCUAAAGUUUAUAUGCAAGAAAUCUGUUGAACAAGCCAAACACCUUGCUACUAUUUACGAGCCAUACACUUUCUAUGGUGGAAGAUUUGAUAACAGCAAUACACAGAGAUUAAUGGAGAAGAUGUCAGAGGACGAGAAGAGAGAGUUUGGGUUUGAUGUUGGAAGCAUUAACUGGACGGACUACAUUACAAACGAAAUUGAUCCAUAUUCACAGGAGGUACCAGAAGAUGUGGCCAUAUCUCCAACUUCAGAUUUCGAUAUUUACGUCGAAUCCCCCGAUGAAGCUCCAUUCGAAGAAGCUGGUUCACCCGCAAUGGAAUAUGACAUGGAGCUUGCUCACCAUUACUCGCACAAACAGCUCGAUUUUCUCCAGGCUUGUGCUGAAAAGCCGAGCGUAAAAUGCGGAGAUGAGGUUUUCAAGAACAUGUUGGAUGAAACGACGCCAAUUACAGAUGAAUGUUGUCGUGAUAUAUUGAAGAUGGGCAAAGAUUGUCAUCUCGGAUUGGUUAAAAUCAUAUUCGCCACAUAUGAGUAUAAGAAUAUUGCAUCUAAGGGUAUUCCACAAAGUAAACAAACAUGGAAUGAUUGUGUCCGUAGAGUUGGGAGUAAGAUCGGUGCUCCGGUUUCUUUGGAGCAGUAAAUUAAUGUGUCUAUGAGUUUUUGUAAUUUGACUGUUACCAUUAUAAAACAACUACCAUUUUCUUUUUGAUAAUCAAGAAGCCAAAGCCUUGCAAUAUAUUACGUUUUUACUC